AUGCCCCUUAUUGCCUAUAGGCCUUAUGUACAAACAAUUUAUUAUUCUGAUUGUCUCUCAACCAGAGCUUGUGCUGCACAAAUAAUGGCUAUCCGCCAACUCGACAACAUAACAACCAAUCAAGUUCAACUCCAGUCGAUUGUAAGACCAAUAGGAAGCGAACUAGCGAACAGCCAAUCAAAACCUGCUUAUAUUGAUUUUCGUUUUGUAGUUAAGAAUUCGUAG